AUGGCUGCAGAAAUUUUAGUUUUAGCUAAAUUGUUCUAUAAGGUAACACCCGAGCAAGUUUGUACUACUGCCUAUGACUUUGCAGAAAGGCACAAUACCCCACACAACUUCAACCGUGCAACCAAAAGAGCUGGACGUGCUUGGUUCGAAGGAUUUAUGAAGAGAAAUCCAAAUCUAUCGGUGCGAAAGCCAGAGAAUACCGGCAUCAACCGUGUCACCGCGUUUUCAGAGGGAGAAGUGUCCAUAUUUUUUGAUAAUUUGGAAACACUUAUGAAUAAACACUGCUUUCUUCCAUCGAGAAUAUUUAAUAUAGACGAAACAGGUAUUAAUGCUGUGCGUGACCCAGUCAAGUUUAUUGCAGAAAAAGGACACAAGAGAGUGGGUGUGAUAGCGAGUGGACAACGAGGAAAGAACGUGACAGUUGUAUGUGCUGCUAGUGGUUCUGGAGAGUACAUCCCCCAAUGUUCCUUUUCCCUCGUCAACGUACGGCCCCAAGUUUGCAGAAUGGUGGACCUACUGGUGCAGUCUACUAUUGUUCAUCCAAUGCAGGCCUAUUUGGACCAAUGGACCAAUGCAGGCCUAUUUCGCACCUGGUUAGAGCAUUUUGUCUCUCACCAACAUUGUUCCAAAGAUGAUCCAGUGCUCGUCAUACUCGACAAUCAUGACAGCCACGGCUCUCUUGCUGCGUUUGACUACUGCCGAGGCAAUGGUAUUUUUUUGCUGUCACUGCCACCUCAUACAUCUCAUCGCACUCAGCCACUCGACGUUAGCUUUUUCGGUCCACUCAAGGGUACGUUGAAGAAGCACACUAGUGAGACCUUGAAAAAUUGA